GAGAGGAAUAUACAAAGGAGGCACCCACCUGCAAUUCAAUUCAAAGGAGCGAGAGUACGCGGCUUUUUGUAUACACGAGCGAGUACACAGUUAUCCUAAGAACCAAAGGGGCCAAAAUUAAAUUGAACUAAAUUAGAGUAUGUUUUCAUGUCCGAAGGAGCUUUCGAAACAAAACAGAAAAACAGCAUAAGCGUAUAUCUUUUGUUUCUGUUUUGGUAAGAGAGAGAGAGAGAGGGGGGAACAGAGUGGGGAGAGACCAGGAGAGCCCCACAGAGAGGCCCUUUGGUUGGAGGGCUUGGGCUACUCCUCCAACGGACUUCUCAUUCUUCGUCGUCUUCUUCUUUUUCUAAUUCUUCUCUUCUGUGUCGCUCUCUCUGUCUCUCAAGAUCCUGGUGAUUCAGCUGAGAUCAAAGAAAUUUGGGGUUCAGGGUUUGAAUUUUUCUUAUAUUGGGUUUUAUUUUUUAAAUAUCUGUCCAUAUACGCCAUAGGCUGUUGGUUACGUGGUGCUGGAAAUUUGGUAUGGCUGUUGCCAAGAGCAACAGCAGCAGUGAAUCAUCGACCAAAGCCCCUCAUUGUUACAAAGUUGAAAGCUUGAAGGAAACCAUAUUGGACACAGACCAGACCUCAAAUUUGAAAGACCGAUUUGUUCUUGGGGAGCAGUUGGGUUGGGGACAGUUUGGUGUUAUUAGGGCUUGCUCUGAUAAGUUAGCUGGAGAGGUGUUGGCAUGCAAGUCAAUUGCCAAAGACAGGUUGGUCACUCAGGAUGAUGUGCGGAGUGUGAAACUUGAGAUUGAAAUAAUGACCAAGUUAUCGGGGCACCCAAAUGUUGUGGAUCUCAAAGCAGUUUAUGAGGAGGAAGAUUAUGUUCAUUUGGUGAUGGAGCUUUGUGCUGGUGGAGAACUCUUUCACCAGUUAGAGAAGCAUGGAAGGUUCUCUGAAGCCGAGGCUAGGGUUCUCUUUAGGCAUCUGAUGGAAGUGGUGAUGUAUUGCCAUGACAAAGGUAUUGUUCAUAGAGAUCUGAAGCCUGAGAACAUCCUCUUGGCCACAAAAGCAUCAUCCUCACCAAUUAAAUUGGCUGAUUUUGGUCUUGCAACCUACAUCAAGCCUGGGCAGAGUUUGUAUGGGACUGUUGGGAGUCCAUUUUACAUAGCUCCUGAGGUACUGGCAGGGGGUUAUAACCAGGCUGCCGAUGUAUGGAGCGCCGGAGUUAUUCUCUAUAUUCUUCUUAGUGGGAUGCCGCCAUUUUGGGGAAAGACUAAGUCAAGGAUAUUUGAUGCUGUUAGGGCAGCUGAUCUACGGUUUCCAUCUGAUCCUUGGGACCAGCUAUCUGGUUCUGCUGAGGAAUUAAUUAGGGGAAUGCUCUGUAGGGAUCCUUCUCAAAGGCUCACAGCUCAGGAGGUUCUAGAUCACUCAUGGAUUAGGGACCAUGCACAAUCUUCUGAGGAACCACGUGAACAUGAAAACCAAAGUUAUGAACACUUGGGUGAAGGCGGAAGCUCUUUCUCUACUUUUAUGACUAGGAAUCAGGACAUCAGCUUUGGCACUGGACCACGUGUUAUUUGUGAUGCCCAGUCACCUCAAUUCACAUGCAGAUCAUCCUUUACUUCCUUUGGGUUGGAACCAUCAACACCUUGCUUUGCAUCUGGUGGGUUUUCUUUUGGCAGCACUGAUGAGCCCAACACCUUGGAAUUCUCAUCUCCUGUUCCCUCAAUGCCAAGCUUCGCAUUCUUCAGCCCUUGCCCCAUCACCGUGCAAGAGAGUUAUACAUUGGAUCUUUCAGCCAACAUAUCCACUGUAAAUGCAAUUCAGAAAGAGGCAAGCUUAGGAAGGCUGUUUAUGUUGUCAGAUUCUUCUGUUUGCCUUGGGCAUGAAGCAAAAGACAUUCAUUACAAGACAGCUGAAGUGAAGAGGACUGGAGGAACAUCUGGGUAUAGGAUGUCGGGCAUUCACAAGAGGAACAGAACAAUUGGCCUUGGUGAAUUUGAUCAGCUUGAUUUAGUGGUAACUGAAUCAGUGAUUCGUUGGGCAUCAUGCACACAUCUCCCCACUGCAUCAUCACUUAGAUCUUCUCUCGUCUGUUGAAAGCAUGGACCAGCCGAUGAGAUAGAUGAAUUUAUGGUAACUGCAUUACUAAAUGCUUUGGCUUCAUGCACGCAAUUCCCUACUGCUGCAUCUCUUAAAUGGCGUGGACAAACUGAUGGGAUAAGAUGAUGAAUUGGGAAAUUCUGAUCUGCAAAAACUACUGUACCUAGGUGAAAUUUCCUGGCCAUGUAAUGUUCUAGGUUUGCACUUGAGUCCAAGUAGGUAUGUUCAAUGUUAGAGCCAGUUUGAGGUUGGGUUAAUCUUAGGCUUUAUGAUGAGUGAUGUCUUUAUGAUCUCGACUGUUAGUUUGCUUGCUGAUAACAAACUCUCUAAUGGGGUGUUUAAUGUGUAAAAAGUAAUUUAUGUCUUCACAGUUCAAAGGUUUCCAAUUUUCAUGCUCCA